AUGCCGCGCGUCCUCAUGGCGUCCGACGAGCACUUGGCCUCGGCCCCCAAGGGAGGGCCGCCGACGCCGCCGCCCCCGCCAGAGUUUUCGGCGCCACCCCCGCCGAAGGCUUCGUCGUCGUCUCCUCCCCCGCCGACACCGUCGCCACCCGUGGCCCAUUCCCCGCCCCCGCCGGCCACGCCGUCCCCACCACCUCCGGCACCUUCAGGGCACAACAACAGCCCGACGUCGCCGUUCGAGCAAUCUUUGGCAAAAACGCCUGGCCAGUCGGCCGCGUCGCAUCCGCCGGAGACGUCCCCGACAGCGUCCCCGCCUCCUCCGGCGUCGCCGCCGCCGACAAGCCGGUCACCUCCUCCCCCUUCUCCGUCGAAAUCUCCCCCGUCCCCGCCGCCGCCGGCAACAUCAUCACCGCCGUCGCCUACAGCAUUGACGCCACCGUCGCACCAAUCAGCCCCAGAAUCGACCUCGCCACCGGCAUCGCCACCACCCUCGUCAUCAGAGAAGCCCGCGCCGGCCAAUCCAACCGCUUCACCUCUUCCCAAUGCCGCGUCAGCUUCCACACCUCCCGCCGGGGCAGGAACACCGCCGCCGCCGCACGAGACACCGACUCCUGGGACGCCGCCAGCCACCGCCGCUCAGGCACCUCCGGCCCCGGGGACUCCUGCCUCGGCCACGCAAAUCCUGCCUCCACCGAUGGCCCUGACGGUGAUCAUGCCGGCCUCCGGGCCUCGUGCAGGCACGUGGCGGAGCCCAACUGACCCCACUGCGAUCGCACCGCCGCUGGCUCCCCCCGCGGGAGGCAACGUCAAGACCGAGGUGCUCAUUGGACUCUCCGUGGCCGGGCUCCUCCUGGCAUUGGCCUCGCUGUUCAUAUUCGUGUGCUUAAACAACCGGGGGAGGAAGCGGCAUGCGCAACCGCCGCGCAAGAACAACAUCGUCGUGCCGGAACGUCAGGUGCAUGCAGGUGUGAUUUUGCCGGCCGGUCCGGCGCCGUCGCCGAGCGGGACGAACUCGUACGACUUCUCGUGCUCCAAGUCGUGGUUCACGUACGACGAGCUGGUGGGCAUCACGGGCGGGUUCUCGUCGGGGAACGUGAUCGGUGAGGGGGGUUUCGGGAAGGUGUACAUGGGCGCGCUGGGCGACGGGCGGCGCGUGGCGGUGAAGCAGCUCAAGGUGGGCAGCGGGCAGGGGGAGAAGGAGUUCCGCGCCGAGGUGGACAUCAUCAGCCGCAUCCACCACCGCCACCUCGUCACGCUCGUGGGCUACUGCGUCACCGAGAACCACCGCCUCCUCGUCUACGAGUUCGUGCCCAACAAGACGCUCGAGCACCACCUGCACGAAAAAGGACUUCCCGUGAUGGAUUGGCCGAAGCGGAUGAAGAUUGCGAUCGGAGCGGCGCGUGGAUUGACCUACCUGCACGAAGACUGCCAUCCUAGGAUCAUACACAGGGACAUCAAGUCGGCCAACAUUCUUCUGGACGACGCCUUUGAGGCAAAGGUUGCAGAUUUCGGCCUUGCUAAACUGACCAACGACUCGCUGACUCAUAUCUCGACGCGUGUGAUGGGCACAUUCGGGUACAUGGCACCAGAGUACGCAUCAAGCGGGAAGCUGACCGACAGAUCCGACGUGUUCUCGUUUGGGGUGGUGCUCCUGGAGCUCAUCACAGGGCGGAAGCCUGUGGACUCGUCUCAACCUCUGGGAGAAGAGAGCCUGGUUGAAUGGGCCCGGCUUCUCCUCGUGGACGCCUUGGAGACGGACGACUUCAGAGAGAUCGCCGACCCGGCGCUGGAGUGCAGGUAUUCCAAGACCGAGAUGCGAAGAAUGGUGGAGGCGGCCGCCGCUUGCGUGCGCCACUCUGCCGCCAAGAGACCGAGGAUGGUGCAGGUGUGGCGAUCGCUGGACGUGGACGAGUCGUCGGACCUGACCAACGGCGUCAAGCUCGGGCAGAGCACGGCGUACGACUCGAGCCGGCACUCGGCGGACAUCGAGCUCUUCCGGCGGAUGGCGUUCGCGAACGACCUCUCCACCGCCGAGUUCGGCCUCUCGGACGAGGACGACCACCACAGCAGCGCUGGCCCCUCCAGCCAGUACACAUGGACGCUCGCGGAUCCUUCGCAGUCUUCGUACCCUAGUCAGGAGGAUGAGCUUGGGCCGGACCUCCCGUACGACCUCGUGCGGGACUUCGUCAGGGGCACACCAGACUACAACGUCCUCUAG